AUGGGUCGGAUAUUUCUGCACCUUCUUACUUUCCUGGGCCUCAACAUAUGCUUACUGACUGGAGGAGCCAACAGCGCAAAUGACUGCGCAGGGAACAUUCUCGUAAACUACCAGCCUUUGAAAGUGUACUGCCAGGAUAACACAUACGUUUUGACGGGGGCAUAUACCAGCACGACCUGCACGGAUGCGCAGUAUAUCACCACCGCGACAACGCAGCCGCCGGGCGGCACCUUGCCGGGAACGGCUGCCACGGCGGCUGCCACGGCGGCUGCUUCCGCCGCACCGUCUCCGGCUGUUCAGUGCAACCCGCCCGGCCGCGUCUUGGGAUAUGCGCUUUACGGCUGCGUCGUCUCCGGGGCCGGCUUUCCCGGCCUCGGCAGGGUCGCCGCCACGCAGAUGAUGAGCCUGCAGGUCUGCGCCGCUUCCUGCACCAAGCGGUUUUUCGGCGUGUAUAAAAGGUAG